AUGACAUCAUCCGCACCCAAACCCCCGCGCGGCCACUUCAGCAUCCUCUACUUCGCCAGCGCCGGCUCCUUCACCGGACGAGACUCCGAGAGUCUGCCCGCGCCAUUGCCCCUUUCGAAGCUCUUCUCCGAGCUGGAGACGCGGCAUCCCGGCUUCAAGGCCAAGAUUCUGGAUUCGUCUCUGGUGACGGUCAACCUGGACUAUGUAGACGUGCCGGGCGAGGGCGAGGAAGGCCCCGUCAUCCAGGAGGGCGAUGAGGUUGCCAUUAUUCCGCCCGUGAGCUCUGGCUGA